CUCUCCCUAUGGUUACCUGCCCCGCCACCACGUGACGAGAGAACCUGACGAGAGACCGAGGUAAGGCCUCGAUCCUCGAGCGCUCUCCGACGCGGCACCUCCUCCUGGCCCGACCCGUCGCUCGCGCCCAAGACCAUGUCGGUGCAUACAUGUCGUCCCCAAUCAGCAGCAGUUGCCAAGGAGCUCCUCGACCCCGAGCUCGCCGGCAACAGCAAGCAGGAUGUCCCCCGCGCCCUUCCCUCUCCCUCCUCGUUCUCUUCUUCCUGUCCUCACACCUCCCCGUAUCUUCUUUCUCCUGCAGGAGCAGUACCAUGGUGCUGAGGUUCCAAGAGGUCCAUUGUAGCCGACCCUCGUCUUCGGCCAGAUCCGGACGGAAUGGGUCCGGUCGUCCGGAGCGCCGGAUUCGUGUCGCCCCUCGCCCCCAGCUUGCCUCUCCGUUGUACAUGACGCGUGUUGGAGCUUUCCUUGGUCGGACGUCGGAGGAGCCUCUGCCUCGUCCGCUGUCAUGGCCGUCCCAAAGUUCCCCUGCUCGCUGGAGCACCUGCACGUCCAAGCUGCAGGAGACAGCCAUGACCGUCCAGCAGCUCAAGCCCCGCCAUGGCCUCGCCCGAUCUGCUCGAAGCCCAGCCGCCCAUGAGGAGCUUAGCCUACGCCCGGGUCUGCCUCCCCAAGCUUUGUUCCUAGCACUGCCGACCAGUGUUGCAGUCCUGCACCUCGCUCGUGCGCAGGCGCCCUGUUGUCUCCCCGCUGUAAGCAGCCCCGUCAUGCGUGAAAUUCAGAUUUUUCCUAGAUACGUUCUCGCAAGUGUAGGUUGCUUGGAAUUGGUACUAGUUUAGCGCAGCAGUCCUACGUUGUGGAGGUCAUGGGAUCAAAUCCCCACCACUACUCUUUUUCUUAUGCAUUUUGUGAGUGUUUUUAGAGUAUGAGGUUUCUCUAUGUUUCAUGUUUAACCGCGGCCCUGUUUGUUCACACACCAAAAGCUAGGCUAGUUGGUUUGUGUUGUAUAUUCACUCCAGGAGGUCCUCGGUUGGAUACCCUAGUGCUCCAAUUUAUGCUAUGCUUUCUUUUUCUU